AUGUGUUGUAGAUCGUCGAAUGAGAGAGUGGUGAUGCUGUUCACGGGCACACUACGCGUUCGCGUCGUCGAAGCACGCCAGCUGCGACCGACCGAAUGGUCGCGACGAUUCACGCAGAACGAAUCGGCGGCGGUGACACUCGACACAUAUGUGAAUGUCGAUUGGGAUGAGUAUGCGAUGGGCAAAACCGCGGUGCGGCCGAAGACGAAUGAGCCGCGCUGGAACGAGGAGUUCAUCGCGAAUGAUGUGCAUCAGGGACGGGCGAUAGGAUUCUCGAUAUUUCACAGCUGUGUGAUGCCGCCCGACGAUUUUGUGGCGAACACGCGCAUUCCGUUCGAGGAUCUCAAAAUCGGAACAAGUAAUGAUAUUUGGGUCGAUCUCGAACCUCAUGGACAAUUGCACGUGGUUGUUGAAUUGCACGGGACCAAUGUAGAAGAUAUGCAUUCUCACAAUAAGGAACGUGUAUUCAAAGAGCGAACAAAUGCUUUCAAUGAUAGGCAAAGGCGUGGUGCUAUGAGAAGGAAAAUUCAUGAGGUUACUGGUCACAAAUUUAUGGCAUUGUUCUUGCCUCAGCCGACAUUCUGCGCGCAUUGCAAAGAAUUCAUAUGGGGUAUUAUUGGCAAACAAGGAUAUCAGUGUCAAGUAUGUACGGUUGUUGUUCAUAAGCGCUGUCACGAGGAGGUUGUUUGGAAAUGUCCUGGAAGCAAAAUGGAGGUUGUCGAGGAAAUUGGCAAGGAGAUCGCUGAUUCGGUCGCUGGACGAUUCAAUAUCAAUAUGCCCCAUCGAUUCUCGGUCCAUUCGUACAAGAGACCCACAUUCUGCGAUCACUGCGGCUCUAUGCUUUAUGGUCUUAUUAAUCAAGGAUUGCAAUGCUCGGUGUGCAAGCUGAAUGUACAUAAGCGGUGUCAACGGAAUGUUGCCAACAAUUGCGGUAUCAAUGCAAAGCAAAUGGCCGCCGAAUUGGCGCAACUCGGUCUCACCGGCGACAAAAUGAGCAUUCGGAGCAAAAAGAAACCAUCGAUCAUGUCCGAUAUCAGCACAGAAGCAUUGGGAACAUCGACAUCAGAUAAAUCGGGUUAUUUACAACAAAUUAGUGAGGAUGAUACAGGUGGCGAGGCGACGAAAAGCUCAAGUACACCCGGCGGAACGUUAUCGAUCAACGACUUCACUUUCAUGAAAGUUCUCGGAAAGGGCUCGUUCGGAAAAGUGAUGCUCGCCGAGCGCAAAGGCACUGAUGAGGUGUACGCGAUCAAGAUUCUCAAGAAGGAUGUGAUCGUGCAAGACGACGAUGUCGAAUGCACAAUGUGCGAGAAGCGGAUUCUGUCGCUUGCCGCGAAACAUCCGUUCCUGACGGCGCUUCAUAGCUCAUUCCAAACACCUGAUCGAUUGUUCUUCGUGAUGGAAUAUGUGAAUGGAGGAGAUUUAAUGUUCCAAAUCCAACGGGCCCGCAAAUUCGAUGAAGGUCGAGCUAGAUUCUAUUCGGCUGAGGUCACGUGUGCCUUACAAUUUUUGCACAGGAACGAAGUGAUUUAUCGAGAUUUGAAACUUGAUAAUAUUCUUCUCGACGCUGAAGGCCAUUGUCGAUUAGCCGAUUUCGGAAUGUGCAAGGAAGGCAUUAACAAGGACAAUCUGACAAGCACAUUCUGCGGAACUCCCGAUUACAUCGCCCCGGAAAUCCUGCAGGAAAUGGAGUAUGGAAUCACUGUGGACUGGUGGGCUCUUGGUGUGCUGAUGUACGAAAUGAUGGCCGGACAGCCGCCAUUCGAGGCUGACAACGAGGAUGAUCUGUUCGAGGCGAUCCUCAACGAUGACGUGCUUUACCCCGUUUGGUUGUCGAAAGAAGCGGUCAAUAUUCUCAAAGCGUUUAUGACGAAGAAUGCCUCGAAACGACUUGGCUGCGUCGCAUCGCAAGGCGGGGAAGAUGCGAUACGAGCGCAUCCGUUUUUCCGAGAAAUCGAUUGGGAUGCGCUGGAGGCGCGACAAGUCAAACCGCCUUUCAAGCCAAAGAUUAAAUCGAAACGAGAUGCGAACAACUUUGACAGCGAUUUCACCAAAGAGGAGCCGGUGCUGACACCAUCGGAUCCGGCGGUCGUGCGCGCCAUCAAUCAAGAAGAAUUCCGCGGCUUCUCGUUCAUCAAUCCGCAUUUCCAAUACUAG